AUGAUCGAUAGCACCAUCCGUGCUAUCGCCGAGCACCUGGGAAGAUCUGGUCCAUGGCACCAGCGCUUCAAGGACCUCCAAGAAGUGUUCACCGAGACGUUCCUGGAGCUGCAGGGAAUACACAACAUCCGGUGGUUAUCUCGUGGGGACGACGUCGCCAGGUUUGUGGCGGUCCUGCCUGCAGUCAUCACGAUGCUCAAGGAGUGGAACGAGCAGCUCUACACCGUGGUGACAUCGUACAGGUUUCACUUCCUCCUCUUCUUCCUUUCCGACGUCCUUGACCAGAUGAACCUUGAUCUCUCUGCUGUGCAUGCGCAGAUUCGACGGACAACAGGCCAUCUCAAGGCUCGUUACGUCGACUGCGGGGACGAGUUCGGUGGCGGUCUCAGCCCCAAGCUUUCACCAUGGCUGGAGAAGCAUGGUCCCGACGGCACCCGGGAUGUCUGCAUUGAGGGUGUAUACUCGGAUGAGCAGUCGACUACCUUCACGUUCACCCUGCACGAAGAUUGGCUAGACGACUAUCCUGGACCCGGGCAUCACGACCCAUGCCUAGACAUCUGCACCGAGUUCGCGGAGCUCAUCGUUGCCAACCUCCUGGAUCGGUUGGGGGACCUGGACAAGCUGUCGGGUGUGCGCUUGUUCACUCCCGACCACUGGUCGCAUGGCAGGCAUGAGCGCCAUGCAAAGUGUCAGGAGUGGCUGGAGUCGCUGAUCACUCUCUUCAGGGCAGAUGAGAGCGACGAUAUCUUACCUGGCAUCGAGAAGAAGAAAGUCGUCAAGGAGCUGCGGCUGCUCAUUCCAUUCCUUGCUGGUGCUCCGAAGAAACUCUCCCUCCCCAAAUACCUUCCCAACCCCGUCGCCAUUUCCACUCUGCCAUCACCUCUCCCUCACUCCCGGCCGUCGCCUCUCCUCACUCCCCGCCGUCACUCCCUUCCUCCUCGUUGUCGCCUCCUUCUCCCUUCCCGCUGUCGCCUUUGCGCGCUGGCGCCAAACGCGCUGGCGCCAAGCGCGCUGACGCCAAGCGCGCUGACGUUCAGCGCGUUGGCGCCUAGCGCGCUGGCGCCAAACGCGCUGGCGCCUAUCACGCUGGCGCCUAGCGCACUGGCGCCUAGCGCGCUGGUGCCUAGCGCGCUGGCACCUAGCACGCUGGCGCCUAACGCGCUGGCGCUUAGAGUGCUGGCGCCUAGCGCGUUGGCGCCUAAUGCGCAGGCGCCUAGAGCACUGGCGCCUAACGCGCUGGCGCCUAGCGCGCUGGCGCCAAACGCACAGGCGCCUAACCCGCAAGCGCCUAGAACGCUGGCGCCUAUCGCGCUGGCGCCAAUCCCGCUGGCUGGCGCCUAUUGCGCUGGCUAG